UGGGUUUCGGAGCCAACACCCGGUCGAGGUCAGCGCCUAUGGCUCUCAAUAACUCCCAGAUUCCUUUCAGGAUCUGUUUAAUUUCUCAUGGAUUUACCAGCAGAUCGAAUUUUCGAAGUAUUUGUCCAUCUAAGGCUCGAUAUUUUGACCGAAGAAGAUAUCUUCAAAAUGGGUUUUAUACAAGUAGAUUGCUCCACAAUUAUGUAAGUAUGUGUCGACAAGUGUCUGGUCUCUUAAUUAACAAACAGAGGUGCCCUUACGGCGCGCAUUGGGCCAUCGCAAGAAAUAUUUACAUUUCUCAAAACAAAAGGCCUACAACACUUAACAGAUUGUUAUAUAAUCGGAAAUGCUUUUCUGUCCGUUUCCUAUCUUCUAGACGUGUUGGACGUAAGUUUGAAGUAAAAAGUCGAAACUUGUUUGAUGUUUUAGAAGUUACUCCCAGGGCUCACAGUUCAGAAAUUAAGAAAUCUUUUUACCGGUUAUCGAAACGAUAUCAUCCUGAUAUAAAUAAAUCACAAGAAGCAGUUACAAAGUUUACAGAAAUUUCUGCAGCUUAUGAAAUUCUUAAAGACCCUCAAAAACGUCGAAUGUAUGAGAGAGAACUGAUGGGCAGCAAAGAAAUAAGUUCUGAACAGCUCAGGAGACAUACCAGUGGAAGUAUGAGCAUGCAAGAGCAUUACAAUAAACAUCUUCAAAACAAAUCUCAGAUUAAGAGACGUGCUGUUAAGUAUGACGAUGACUUUUGGGUUUAUUAUGGAUCUAUGAAGGACUCUAGGAAAAAUAGCCACGAAAAUUUAGAAGCAGUUUUAAAAAGAUAUCAUGAAGAGGAAAGACAUAGAAGAGCAAAAGGACUUCUAGGAGGAACGGUGGCCCUGAUUUUUUUAUUGGCAGUUGUGUUUUGGAAAUAACAAACAACUUGAGUUAAAUUUUGUUUUUGUAUAAUAUGAAGUUUUUUUGUGUUAUAUAUUCGGUUAUUUUGGUCGUAGUUUCUUGAAACCUGCUGCCAUAAUAAAUAUAUUUCUGUUCUACAUAUUUUAAUAUGUUACAACCAGCAAUAGUAAUUCUCAAAGUUAUAUUAACUUUUAAAUAAAUUAUUGAAUAUUUGUUUAAUUGUUUUCUUGACUGGGAUUCCUUGACUGCGGAGAGUCUGAGUCUGGAAGGUACUUUUUUAUAUCCAGAUCUUCGUUGUUAAACCCUAAUUCAGUUCCAACUGUGAUCUCUUCUCCACUUUAUGUUAAAGCAGCGUGAGAUUAAUUCAGUUUGUCUUAUUUUUAAGAAUGCCGGGUGCUAUUUGAGGGAAAUGCGACUGUUAUUUCUAGCAGGUCAAGGUCACGCGAUGAUUUGUGCAAGAAGAGUGAUAUAACUACUUGAAGGGAAUCAUAUUUGAACCCAUCCUAUGGACCUUCAAUAUGGGAACAUAACAGAGUUGUGUCCCUUGAACCGAGGAAUAGGGAGACCAUCGGUUUGCUAGAAAUAGUAGCAAAAUCGCUCUCAAAUCACAUCCACCCAUCUUAAAUAAGGAUAUAUUGAAAAAUGCAUUUAAGGAUUUUUAAAAAAUGAAGGUAAACUGACCGCAAAUGAUGACAAUGUCACACCCUAAUUUCAUGAAAAUAAAUCGUCACAUAAUCAAUGUAUAGAUCAAUCA